AUGUGUCACUUGUGUUGGACAGAACCAGGAAAAUUUGGAACCAUCUCUAUUAUAACAAACGUUACCAGCUUGAGUAUUUACGUAAAAUACCAAGCAACUUUGUUAAGAAAUGAUCAUUUGAUUCAAUUUGCUGGAAUUCAGAGAAAAAAUCUUAAAGAACUGAAUCUCAUUGGAAGAUCAAAUGUAACAGGAUACGGAUUUAAACAAUCGUUUCAAGUACAAGAGACGCUUGAAUCACUCUCAGUCAUUGAGAACCAUGCUUUGGAAUUUUGUUAUUUGCAACAUUUACCAAAAUUGAAACGACUUGAAGUGAACGGUUGUCCAUAUUUUCUUAGAGAAUCAUUAGACAACAAGCAAGCUAUGUCAAUAGUAUUUUUCACCGACUUGACUCAUGUUUGUUGUGAUGUUGAUUACACAAAACAUCUCGUACAAUCAAGCAAGAACCUACUGGUUGUUGAUUGGUCCAGUUCCAAUCAAGGCUAUUCACACGCCGAUCACAACUUCGCCGCCAAAGAGCUCAUUGUACGCUCACAUCAGAUUUGUCAAGAUAGGCCCAACCUUCAAAUGAACUGUUUGAAAAUAAUAAUGGACGACAGAGAUUGGGGGAAAAUACUCCUUUAUACUUUGACACAUUUAGAAAAAUCAGCAAAUAUUCCAUUACAUUUACCCUCCUCGAUGAAGAUGUAUCUGGAGCUAGGAAUUGAAAUUCUAGCUGACAGCGUUGAAGACAAGCAAUCCAAAACAAGGAUGUAUUUUCAACAACUUUUAAAUUCCAUGUAUACAGUUAGGGAUCAGAACAGAAAGGAUUCUUAUGACAAUAAUAGCACUCCCAUUGCUUACAAGUAUUUCAAACCAAGCUGGUUGAAUGAUCACAAUGUUCAAUACGGUCAACAGCAACUUGUUGAAUUACUAAAACGAAUGUUAUCUUCGAAUUGA